CAGGGUUUUUUCGCACUUUUGUAAACAACAUGGCGACCCGCGGACUGUUCCAGCGUUCCAGCUAGCAGACUAAAAAACUAACUCCACGCUGUUUGAUCUCCAGUUUUCCGCGCAACAGGCUGCGUUCAAGUUCCGGUUCUAACAUCAAAUAAAGUCCACACCGGAACGAGAGAGUAGGCGGAGCGAGGAGCUGUCAGCAGGACAGUCAAACGGUAGCGGCUGUUGUUAGCUGUCGCUGCUAACUCAUCCUUAUCAGACACAUCUUUAAUGGUGACAAGCUAACAACACAUCACAAAUGUUCUGGUCGAUUUCUUUACCCGAACCCGUAGUUUGCCUGUUGUAGAUUCAGUAACUAACCGAUGUCAGUCUGGUCCAGCUGCAAUAGACCUCAGUGUUUUUGUUUUUGUCUGCGCUCACCUGACUUCCUCAGGUAAACCUGAGCCUGUUCUUUUACAUCUCUCUGCCAGGCCUUUUCAGUCUAUGGGCUCUCAGUCCAGUUCUGGGAUGUCUUGUGGAAGGGGCUCUUCCAGUGACAACCCAGCAGGUCAGUCUGAAGGAGCCGAACCGAACCAGAGCAGCAGCAGCAGUAACCGAGGCCGCAGGUCGGCAGACAGGCAGCUGGGAGACCGGCAGUCGGCUUCAGAGGAGGACGUAGACUUAGCUGAAGUUCUGGCUUAUCUACUGAGGAGGGGCCAGGUCCGACUGGUCCAUGGCAGUGAAGCUACAGGACUGCAGCUGGUCCAGUCCUAUUCUGACUCUGAUGAGGACAGUGACGGAGCCUGGGAUGGACGUCUUGGGGACCGUUACAAUCCACCAGUGGACUCCCAGCCCGACACACACGAAGUGGACCACAGUGAGAUCCGAACUCAGAUCCUCCUGGCCACGGCCUCGUCAUCCCUGAAAGGCCGUCACAGUUUCACCCACAUGCUCACAGAGAGGGAACAAGGCAGGUGUAGAGGCUCCAGCUUUUCCCAUGGAGAGUGCAGCCGUAUCCGCACACACUUCCUACCAAAUUAUGUCUCCCACAAGGAUUCGUACCUGCAGAAAGCUUUCUGUGGUGUUUACAGCGAGGACGGCAACACGUUCCUCUCUGCCUGCCAAGAUCAGAACAUCCGCCUGUACGACACCUCCAGAGGACGCUUUAACCUGCAGCGGACGGUGAAGGCGCGUGAUGUCGGCUGGAUGCUGGACGUCUGCUUCACCCCCGACGCUCGCCACUUGCUCUACUCCAGCUGGUCCGACUACAUUCAUCUGUGCAGCAUAGAUGGAGACGGUGAAAACCACACCGCCCUGGACCUCAAUCCAGAUGAGAGGAGGUUCUGCGUGUUCUCUCUGGCUGCAUCAACAGAUGGAAAAGAGAUUCUGGGCGGGGCAAACGACGGCUGCCUUUAUGUUUUUGAUCUUGAGCAGAAUAAACGAACACUGAAGAUUGAUGCCCACGAGGAUGACGUGAACGCUGUAGCGUUUGCCGACAGCUCGUCCCAGCUGCUCUUCUCUGGCAGUGACGACGCUGUGUGUAAGGUGUGGGACAGACGGUCUCUGCGGGAAGACAGACCGCAGGCCGUUGGACAGCUGGCCGGACACAGAGACGGCAUCACCUUCAUCCACAGCAAGGGUGAUGCCCGCUAUUUAAUCAGCAACUCAAAGGACCAGUCCAUCAAGCUCUGGGACAUCAGGAAGUUCUCUCCCAAAGAGGGUCUGGCGGCCUCCCGCCUAGCCGUCACGCAACAGAACUGGGAUUACCGCUGGCAGCAGGUUCCCCAGAGAGCUCUAAAGAGACACAAGCUGACAGGCGACACCUCAGUGAUGACCUACCGCGGUCACGGCGUUCUGCACACGCUCAUUCGCUGCCGCUUCUCUCCAGAGUUCAGCACUGGACAGAGAUACAUCUACUCCGGCUGCUCCACCGGCAAGAUCAUCAUCUACGAUGUGCUGACUGGCGUGGUGGUAUCUAGGCUGUCGGGUCAUGACGCGUGCGUGAGGGAUGUCAGCUGGCACCCAUACGAGGACAAGAUCAUCAGCAGCUCUUGGGACGGAGCGGUGCGGAUGUGGGAGCACAGACAAACCCAUCCUCUGGAGGAGGAGCGUGAGAGGGACAAGGACUGACGCGUGGAGGAGGACAGCCAGAGAGGAGCAGAGAUGGAGGAGUAGAGGAGACAUCCUGGCGGGUGUGUGUUAGCUCGGUCAGGCUGUGAGAGACUUUAAUAUCUUUUAAAAUCACGCUGGAUCACAGGUUUUCCUUCAGACGGGCAUUAAGGCGAAUGAUCCCUGUAUUUCUUUUGUGCUUUUCUUUUUUUAACUGCCUCUCUGUGUUCUGCAGAAUAAACAGACCGGUGUUGUGUUUUUAUUCUGACCCGGUCUGAAACUGUUCCCUCAGCCAUAAGAGCGGGAACUCCUGCAGUCGGAUGCUAGGAUGUAAGCUAAUGAGAUUAAGGUGGGCGGUGGUGAUUCUGUAUACAUGUAUAGUAUUUUAAUGGUAAGUCUAUUCAGGGAGAGUGUGUAGGUAGCUGUCAGCUAGACUCUGCUGUUAGAAUUUAAGUCAGAAACCCUACACUUCAACCUGAUUGGCUGUUUCCCAGUAGGGAGCAUCAUUUAAAUGAGCACCAGAACCCUCAGUUCUUUCUGUUUUUGUUCUUAAAGGGUGGUUCUGUUGGCCGGUGUAGGCCGUGACACGUUUAAAAGAUGUGUGUGAUGUGGUGUUCAAUCAGAACCAGGGACGAGCACAUGGUCCAAACAUUCACUCUGAUCUGUAAUAUGCAAUUGUCAGGUGUUCACUUUCAAACUGCUGUUUGAAAAUGAGAUACUGCUGUUUUACAGUUACAAUAAAAUAUAUAUAAAAACUCUAAA